GUUUUCUCCACUUGCCAAACUCUCUCUCUCUCUCUCUCUUCUUCAUAUAUUUCCUAAUUUUCUAUCAAAGUCGCUGCUGAUAAUGAAUUCACUUUCUUUGGCUUAGUAUCAGGUCAAAGUGUUGAAGCAUAAAGGAAACACCACAAAACACUCGAUACAUAUAAAUAUUGAAGCUCUCUGUCAUGCAGCAUAGUCUUCUGGGAGCUACCAUCUUCAGUCCCUUCGAUCAACCCAAGUUAUCUUUGAGCAGCUUCUAUGUCGAUGACAACAGAUAGAAAAAACUCUCUGUCAUGCAACAUAGUCUUCUGGGAGUUACCAUCUUCAGUCCCUUCGAUCAAUCCCUUUCAUGGCUGUCAGCUGUUAUUGGCAGAUUUUUGUGCAUUCAGUCACACAGUCUUCUACUACUCCUGCUAUCUCUUGUGUACACGUUGCACCACAUGUCGCAGAAGUCUCACGGAUAACCGAUGCUGAUUCAAGACCUGGUGGUUCAAAUUCUUUAGGUGAUGGGUUGGCUGCUUCUACAGUCCUUAAAGAUGUACAUAUAUCAGCACGGCUGUUGGAUGAUUUUCUUGAACUUGCUAGAGACAACACAAACAAUGAUUUAGAGACCUGUGGGGUUCUUGGUGCUUUUCUUAAAGAGGGGACCUUCUAUGUUACAACUCUGAUAAUACCUAAACAAGAAUCGACAUCUGGUUCUUGUCAGGCCCUAAAUGAGGAGGAGAUAUUUGCCAUACAAAAUGAACAAUCCCUAUUUCCUGUUGGAUGGAUCCAUACACAUCCUUCUCAGAGUUGUUUCAUGUCAUCAAUAGAUUUACACACCCAAUAUUCAUAUCAGGUAAUGGUACCCGAGGCUGUUGCAAUUGUUAUGGCUCCAACUGAUAACUCAAGGAGCUAUGGAAUAUUCAGGAUAUCUGACCCUGGUGGGAUGAGUAUCCUAAGCCAGUGCCAGGAGGAUGGAUUUCAUCCUCACCGAGAACUGAUCGAUGGGAGUUCCAUAUACGAGAGCUGCUCCAAUGUCUACAUAAAUCCAAAUCUGAGGUUAGAAAUAUGCGACCUGCGUUGAUGGAAUGGUGUGUGUACAAGUUCAGGUGUGUACAAUAUACAUGUUCAACGUACUAAUGUUUGUGGUUGAACAGACAAAUAACCUUAGUCGACAUCCCUCACAACAGGAACGGUUUUGAUGUAUCAUCCUUUAUGAAAGAAAUACAGUAAUGUUUUAGCAGAUAUGUAUAUUUUUCAUAAACUUUGAACUACACUGAGAAAUUGUAUAUAUUGUUCAAAUAAAUGGUUUGAGGAGAGAGUAAAUA